AUGAGUGCAAAACUGGGUUACGAAAAUGUUUCAGAUGUUACUGAUUACGAGAAGGAUGACAGACAUUCAGCAACACCUCAAGAAGUUGUUGAUAAAAUUGCAAAAGGUGGUGAAGAGACAAUUGUCGAAUGGCAUAAUAUAAUCCUUAGAGAGCCGCCAAAGUUUGAUGCAUUUUUGGAAAAAGCAAAUAUGUUAAAAAAUCGUUAUCCAAAUGUAAUUUUAUAUGAUCGAUCACGUGUUAAACUACUUGGUGACAAAUUGGGUGACGAUUAUUAUCAUGCAUCAUAUGUUGAUUCAUACGACCGACCAGACGGUUUUAUACUUGCACAAGCACCAUUUGAUGAAGCGACCGAAUCUGAUUUUUGGCGAAUGAUAAUUCAAACAAAUACAAAACUAAUCGUUCUCUUAACGGAUGUUAAUAAUCGAGAAGGAAAUCGUCUAAUCAAGCAUUUUUGGCCAGAAUCAAAUGCAAAUUCCCGUAAUUACACAGAAGCUAAUAUCAAAGUAAAUUAUACAAAGAGCGAUGCUACUGCAUUGUACGAUUGGUACAAAUUUUCGAUUAGCAAUAUUGUCGACAAAUCUAUGAAUACAAUCACAGUAACAAUGUUACAAUAUCGAAAAUGGAUAUAUGAUAAGAUUAUUCCAGAUAAUUUAUUAGAAUUUCGAUCCGAGAAUGCUAAUAAUAUAUUUUCCAAUUCAUCAAAAAAAAGAAGAAAAAUACAAUUCUUAAUUGUUUAUGUUUUUGUUACUCGUAAGGCUGGCUAA